AUGACCGUGUUUACUAAGGAUUGCGACCGACAUCUAAAGAGGAAGGAGGAGGAGGCCGCGUCGAUGGCCCAGCCGGCCGGGGCCAAGAAGAAGAGGAAGAAGGCCACAGUAGAGAAGAGGAAGGAGGCCAUCGCGUCAGACUCAAGCGACAGUGCCGUCGAGGAGGAGGAUGGUAGCUUGUUCAAGGAGGGUGAGAUGCUGAAGCUGAGGGAGGAGUACUGGGAGGCGGCGCUUCUGUGGGAGGAGAAGCUUGUCCCGAGGGUGUUGGAUCACUGGUUGGAGAGAAAGAUCACGCAGGUGCCCACGGUCGACAGCAACAAGAAGAAGGUGGGUAGGAUAAUUAUGCCCAAUGCUUACAUCAAAGACAUUAUCGAAAAUCCCAACAUGAUGAGAGAACUCUCUAAUGAGGAGAUGGCCGAGUGUCUUCAGGAAUACCGCCAAAGUUAUGCGACUGCCAAGGUCAUCAAUACUAAGAACCACACAUAUUAG